AUGAGCUUUCAGAAGCCCUCGGUGGGGAUGCCAGAAGAUGCCAAGACCAGGGGAUCCCCAAGAAAAGAUCAGGACUUAAGGGGCGCAGCCAUCCUGCACCAACAGAGGCGCCUUAAACAGGCCACCCAAUUUGUGCACAAGGAUUCUGCAGAUCUGCUGCCACUAGACCAGCUGAGGAGAUUGGGCACCUCCAAGGACCUGCAACCUCACAGUGUGAUCCAGAGGCGUCUUCUAGGUGGGAGCCCUAUAAAAGAGACCAGCAGCUUGGCACCGUCCCUCCACCUAUGCAACCUGGGGCUGCAAUCUUUCUACCAAUGAAUCAGUAGGAGAGAGGAUUGAUGAAGACUCUAAUACGGUCCAGGACCAGCCAACAGCUCCUGAUACCUCUACGGAGACACCAGGGAGCUGGGCAAAACGCAGCCUGCUUAUUAGUUGUAAGGUGUGUACGCAGGAUGUCUCUUGCAAGCUGUCUGUUGAAAGCUAUGAGAACCUCAUCUCCAGAUCGUGCAUGCAAAGACUGCGGCUGCAGAUGUUAAGUGACCCUCAGGGGGAGGGUGACGGUGGACAUCGAAGUAGGAAAUGAGAAACUGACAAGCAGUGCUGUAAUUGUUGAUGACAGCAGUGCAGAAUUCAGCAUCGGUCUGGACACACUAGUAAAACUCAAGAGCUGCAUAGAUCUGGAGCAUGGUGUGCUGAAGACCCCUUCACAAGUCAUCCCAUUUCUGACUUUCUUCAACAAUCAUCCAGAGGUAAAGAAGACCGCCAGUGAGCGCUGA